AUGGUAGAGUUGAAGACAGAAACCAACAAGAACCAGAAAACUGGAAGAGAGAAAGAAGAUGAGAGAGACAUGCUCAGUGAGUUGCCAGAUGAUGUUCUUCUCCACAUUAUGCAUUUCAUGAACACAAAAACCGCAGUUGGAACCUCUCUCUUAUCGAAACGAUGGAACAACGUUUGGAAAUGUCUCCCAACUCUCUGUUUCAGUCGCAGCGACUUCAAAACCCUCGCCAGCUACUACCAAUUUGUCCACCACGUUUUCUCCCACAGAGCCACUUCCGUUCCUUUGCAUCGUCUUUAUUUCGAAGCAUGCGACAUCAUAGCACGACAAAUUUUUCACCUUUACACUUCUCUUCUGCAUUAUGUGCCACAUUUGAGAAUCUUUCUCUAUCACCAAUCCACAAAAAAGUGUAAUUAUUCCAUACCUUUCAUCUUUUCUUCGCCCUCUCUCACAUCUCUCACUCUCAUUCUUUCAAACCAAAAUACUUGUCGUAUGAAACUUCCACAAUCGCUGAAACUACCAGCGCUCAAAACCCUGAAUCUCACCAAUGUCUGUUUCACCGCAAGGGACAGUACUGAUGAGCGCGCUGAACCCUUCUCAUCUUGUUUCGCGUUGAACAGUUUGGUCCUUGUGGGGUGUUCUUUGAGCGACAAUGCCGAAGUCCUCAUCGUAUCAAAUUCAAACCUUUCUCGUUUCAUCCACGUAAAGUACUCUGAAGUUUCUCGUUACAAGAUUGUGCUUUCUACCCCGAAUCUCACCCAUUUCGGCAUCAGAAGUUCUGAAGCCUAUGAUGUCUCCUCCACGCGUGAUCUUGCACUUCUUGAAGAAGCCAACAUUGACAUCACUGAUCGUGCUUCUCGUGUAAUCGUUUUAAGGUUGCUGAAAAUGUUGUCCUAUGUAAAGAUAUUGACACUCUCUGAGUGUGUCCUUAAAGAAAUACUAAGUUUGAGUUACUUCGAACAUUCAAGUGGUCGAAGAAUAAUACCGCUACGCUUUGUUAGAUUGCAGACGUUGAAGGGGAAAAACACUGAACAAAUAGAAGUGUUUAUGAAGUACUUUCAGAACUCUCAAAAGACAGAAGUUGAGGUCAUAAAUUUUUGA